AUGGUCCUGGUCCGGGUCGAGGUCCAAGUCCUGGUGGAUGUCCAGGUCCUGGUCGUGGCUGGGGUCCUUGUCCUGGUCCAGCUCCAGUUCCACGUCCUAGUCCUGAUCUUGGUUCUAGUCCUGAUCCAGGUCCAGAUUCUGGUCAAAAUCCUGGACUGGGUCCGGGUCCAAGUCCUGGACUUGUUCCCUGUCCUGGUCCUGGCCCUAGUCCUGGUCCAAGUCCUGGUCCUCGUCUUGGUCUGGGUCCUGGUGCUGGUCCAUGUCCAAAUCCUGGUCCUGGUCCAGAUACAAGUCCGGAUAUUGUUCCCAGUUCAGGUCCUGGCCCUCGUACAGUCCCAGUUCCUGGUCCUAGUCUUGGUCCUGGUUCAGGUCCACUUCCUGGUCCAAGUCCUGGUCUGGAUCCUGGUCCUAGACAGUAUCCAGGGCGUGGUCCUGGUCCUGCUCCUGGUCCUAGUCUUGGUCCUGGUUCAGGUUCAGGUCAAGGUCCAAGUCCUGAUGCUGGUCCAGGUCCACUUCCUGGUCCAAGUCCUGGUCCAGAUCCUGGUCCUAGACAGUAUCCAGGUCGUGGUCCUGUCUUGGUCCUGGUCAAGGUCCUGGUCCUUUUCCUGGCCCUGGUCCGGGUCCAGGGCCAAGUCUUCCUCCACAUCCUGGUCCAGGUCCAAAUCCGUGUCCCAGCCCUGA